UGGACUUGUUAUCAAUCGUUGGUACCACAGAUGUUGGCCAUAGACCUCAAGUUGAACUAAAGCCAUAAUAUUCCUUUGAAUUUCAGAGGCUUAUUUUCUAAACCCAUGUGAAAGGUUUUGCUGUGGUCUUGCCUCCCGGCUCAUUGCACUGUAUGAUCUUCCUCCAGCUAAGGGCAGAACCAACUUGGAGCUGCGCGAGAAGUUUAUUCUCCCAGAAGGCACCACCCAGGUGAUGGCCAGUUUCCGCUACAGAGGUCGAAGGUCACGGCCGUCCUCAAGAGGCGCCUCCCCUAACAGAUCCAAUUCUAGUUACAGCUGUCCCGCACAACCCAACCCACCCGGCUCCAACACACCCAAGACUCCCCAACAUUUAACCCGCAAUUAUGAUAAACCCUGGCUGACAAACAGCAAAUCAGCUACUCCUCUUAAAUCAUCUGACUCCUUUGACAGCCAAGGGUCAUCCAAUGAGAGCACCCCUAUUCAGGGAAGCAAGCUUCGUCUUCCAGGCUAUUUGUCAGGAAAAGGCUUUCAGUCGGGAGAGGAUGGGACCUUGAUAAACGUUGCAGUCAUGAAGGCCAGAGGUCAAGCCAUGGGGUUGAGUAAGAUCCCAAGCAGGCCUGGCAGCAAAGCAGGAAGCCGAGGGAGCAGCCGCCGUGGCAGCGAUGCCUCAGACUUUGAUAUUUCAGACAUCCAGUCGGUGUGCUCGGACGUGUCGGAGACAGUGACAGACUCAGGACGCCCGACGCCGCGCUCAGCGUCACGCCAACACGGAGGCAAACUCUCCAAAAUCCCAACUCCCCAAAGGAGGAGCACUCCUACUAGCAAACUGGCUAAGAAUACCAAGAGAUAGUCAACAGUCCAGUCCACAGAAGCGGCCAGGAUCCGGGCCUCUGUUCUGACAGCACUGGGUUAGCGCACACUAAACCAAGACUGGACAGAUGUAGAUUCACACUACAGACUGCAAAGUGUUAAUGAUUUUAAAAAGCGUAGCAAGAUGUAAAUUAUUCUGUUGUGGAAAAGGAAGUUCAUGUGGAGUGUAUGUGUGUGAGUGUGUGUGUGGAAUGCAGUGGCUUUGUGCAUUUGUCCUGUACUUUAUGUGACUGUUGCGUCAUUAAUAUUUUGUUUAUUUCUGGGAAAGGCCAGCGAACACAAGAAGACUAUGUUGUUAGGUAAACUAACACUUUUCCACAUGUUUGUGUUGAGGGAGAAGCUGAAUGUACAGUCAUUUCCUCCAGCGGACUUGCUUGUUGGUGAUAAUAUGCCUUUGUAUUCUGCCAGGACACCACAAUUAUUUAUUCAUCUAUUUAAAGUGCAAUGACAAGCUGCUGUUAUGCAUUUAAAGGGCAAUACAAUACCACUGCUACACUACAACUGUAACCCCUGCUAUCAUACACUACAGUUAAUCCAGAUCAUGGCCUUUAAACUUGCAUAUAAAACACCCGUCUGUAGCACCCGCAGUAAUGUUCGUUUCGAUCAAAUCACAGAUUGUGUGCCACUUUACUGUGACUAGAACUUUCUGACUAAAAACAUUCAUAAGUGCAAUCAUGCCUGUGUACUCUAUGGUUCCUUUUUGCCUGAUUGAUCCAAAUUACUCAACUUUUUGUAAUAAAUAUGCUUGCAGAAAGCUCGACAAUAUAUACAACCUUCAAAGUCUCACUUG